UUGGAGAGAUGCUGAAAAUACAAGAAAGCAAACAAGAGAUUGUAGAGGAAUGUGGGAUCAGAGAAAUGGUACUGCUACAUAUGAAUCAGAUGAUGGAGAUUGGAGUCAUCCAUUACCACGUGAUGAACGUAUUGAAAGGCAGUUAUUUUGUCAAGGACAUACUGGCAUUAAUUUUGACAAAUAUGAAGAUAUACCUGUUGAAGCAACUGGUGAAGAAUGUCCUUCUCAUAUCAAUGCAUUUCAUGAACUUCCCCUCACAGAAAUUAUAAGGUUUAACAUAGAGUUGGCUCGUUAUGAAAGACCUACACCUGUACAGAAGCAUGCAAUACCAAUUAUAUUGAAAAAGCGUGAUCUGAUGGCUUGUGCACAAACUGGAUCUGGAAAAACUGCUGCAUUUUUGGUUCCUAUUUUAAAUCAGAUAUAUGAGAAUGGUCCUCCUAAAAAUAUUAAUGUGGAGGGUGAUCAAGUUUCAACAUUUUCAAUUGAAAAUAGACAAGCAGGAGUUAAUAGGCCUCCACGAUAUAAUUCUCGAGUGAAACAAUAUCCUCUUGCCUUGAUUCUUUCACCAACAAGAGAAUUAGCAUCCCAGAUUUAUGAAGAAGCUUGCAAAUUUUCAUAUCGUUCUCGUGUUCGACCUUGUGUUGUUUAUGGUGGUGCUGAUCCAGUUCAGCAGAUGAAAGAUUUAGAUCGUGGAUGUCAUCUCUUAGUAGCCACUCCUGGAAGGCUUGUUGAUAUGAUGGAAAGAGGAAAAGUCAGUUUAGAGUUAGUGAAGUACCUUGUCUUAGAUGAAGCUGACAGAAUGCUUGAUAUGGGUUUUGAACCUCAAAUUCGUCGGAUUGUUCUAGAAGAUAAUAUGCCACUUGUUGGAAAUAGACAAACUCUUAUGUUUUCUGCAACAUUUCCGAAAAAAGUACAAGAACUUGCAAGAAAUUUUCUUGACAAUUACAUAUUUCUUGCGGUUGGCCGUGUUGGCAGCACAUCUGAAAAUAUAACACAAAAAAUUGUUUGGGUAGAAGAACAUGAUAAACGUUCCUUUUUAUUAGAUUUGCUCAAUGCUGCAGGAUUAAAAAGUGGCACACCAAUUUAUACUUUGAACUUUCUAGCAAGAGAUUCACUUACUCUUACCUUUGUGGAAACAAAGAAAGGUGCUGAUGCUCUUGAACACUUCUUACAAAAGGAAGGUUAUCCUGUCACCAGUAUUCAUGGUGAUAGAUCACAGAGAGAGAGAGAAGAAGCCCUGUGGUCAUUUCGUUCGGGUCGUACACCCAUUUUAGUUGCAACAGCUGUUGCAGCAAGAGGAUUAGAUAUUCCAAAUGUAAAGCAUGUGAUCAAUUUUGAUUUGCCCAGUGAUAUUGAAGAAUAUGUGCAUCGAAUUGGACGUACUGGAAGAGUAGGCAAUUUGGGUUUGGCAACUUCUUUCUUUAAUGAAAAAAAUCGUAAUAUGGCAUUGGAUUUGGUUGAACUUAUAACUGAAACUAAACAAGAACUUCCAGAAUGGUUAGCAUCUGUGGCAAAAGAAUUGCAGACUGAACACCGUGCUAAUAAUCAGAGGCGAUGUGGAAGAAGAUAUGGAGCAGGAGGCUUUGGAUCUCGUGACUAUCGACAAUUUGGACGAGAACGUACAAAUUUGAAUAGAAAUUUGGGACCAAACAAUUAUACUUCUGGAUUUAAUUAUGGAAACAACCACUUUCUGGGUACCUACAGAGGUAACUAUGGAGGUAACUAUAGUCCAGUGACAGACUGGUGGGGAGGUAACUAAAUUUAAAUUAAAGCCACUGGUAGUAGUGUUUGCUGCAUCAUCUUUUACAAAUUCUAUAGUGGCAUAAACAAAACAACAAAAAGCACUAAAUUUUUUCUAUAUACUGCACAAAACACUGAAUCUAUUCAAGCAUUCUUACCAAUAUUUUGCAUCUCCAAUUGUUCAUUAAAUAUAAUUGCAUUUGAAAUAUGGAUGUAAGAGAUGCAUUAUUCAUUUGUAUCUAAUAUUUCUCAAUAGAAUACAAAUUCAAUAUAUAAUUGUGAAAGAAAGUUUUUCUUUCUUAAAAAUGGAACACUAUUUUUUAUGGAAACUGUUGCCAGUGGCCAGUUAUUUAUAAGUUUGGUAACUGUUUAAUGAAAUAUAUCAUAUUUAUGUUUUUUUGUCCCCAUUGCUGCACUUGGUGCUUAUUGUAAUGAUAUACAAAUGGCAUUUAAUAUCUUCAAAGAUCAAUUUAAUAAUGUAACAACACCCAGUUGAAUUUUAACAGUUUGCCAUUUUAAGAACUAAGAGGAAGGAAAAAAUAAGGGUAGUAAUUUCUAAAAGUUUUAGAUUUAGAAAACAUACACAUAAAAAUGAGUUUUGUCUGAUAAAUUGUUUCUGGAUGGGUUUGAUGUUAUAUACAUAGAAACCCUUAGUAAAGAGACCAAAUAAUUGAAUACUACUGGCAGUAGCAUUUUAUCUCAGCAUUAUCCCAGCACUGAAUCUCAUAAAUAAAUUUAUUUAAUAAGCCAGUAAAUUAUUAAAUAAUUGAAAAUAAUUUUAUUCAUAUGCUUUGUUUUACUUAACCCAAAGGGUUUCUUUUCCUUAGUGUGUAUAUGUGAUAGUUGACAGAUUCAAAAUUGUAACAGUAUUUUGGGCAUUGAGCCUUGUUUAAUGCGGGUAUAUACAUAUACAUAUAUAUAUUUAUAUAUAUAUAUUAACAGGUUUUUUUAUUUACUAAAGUGUUGAUUUUUCUUCCCUAAAUGUUGUUUCAUAACUAUUACUAAUGAUAUGUUCUUGAUACAUCAGAUGUCAAUUGUAUAUUGUCUUAAUUUUGGUUCUAUUAUGUUUGUUUAUAACAAAGAGCAUAUCAAUUUUAUUUAUAUGUCAAAUGAUCUGUCAUUGGGCACAUUUUCUACAUAAACUAGUUUUUCUCAUAGUUAUGCUCAUCAAAGUAUUACAGAGCGAUAUGAUGAUAAUAUUUGAAUUGUUAAUUUCAUUAAUGUAAAUUCACUAGUCCUAUAUAGUUCACCCAAUUUACUCUCACCUGAGAGAAAUUUUGCACUGCCACAAUUUCUUUUCACCGUGUGUAUGUGUGUAUGUAUGUGUGUAUGAUUUGUUUUGCUUUUGAAAGCAAAACUAGAAAAUAAUUGUAACUGAACCAACAGCCUUUGUUUAUACAUGAGCAUGCAGCAAGGGGACCCAAAUAUUAUAUUAUCAUCUAUAUGCAAAUGUAAUCAUGUAGGCUUCAUGUAGUUUGCUUGGUAGUUUUGUGGGUUUAAAAAAUGUUAUUGUAGUUUUUUGCCGUCCCAAAGGGCAAGACAAUGGAAUCUAAAGGUAGUGAAUUUGUUGAUUUAUACUAUGCCAGAGUGAUGUUAAGUAAUAUAUUUAUAUUAUGGGCAUUAUAUCAUCAUUAUUAUUGCAAGAAAUAAAUGCUUGUAAGUUUCAAUUUUUAAUGAAAGUAACUGAUGUUAACUAAUGUUAUUAGAAUUUAGAAUUAGAAUUUUGACAUCACUUUGGCAUUUAUUAUUUGAUUUGUGAGAGAAAUACUUAAUCACUCCAUUUAAGUCCAAACAGAUAUUUCAUGUUUAUUUAUUUCUAUUAUAUAAAAAUUCAAAAUUUAUUUACAAUAAAAUAUACAACAAAAUAUUCUUUAUCUUACAAAACUUAUAGCAACAAAUACAAUAAAAAUUAGUUUCCAUCUUAUGACUAUAUGAGUACGAAGAUUUCAUUACUUAAAAGAUGGAAAAUUUCGUAUUUCUGUCACAGUGAUUGAAUAAUAGAGCAGCAGAAGCAGACAGAUCUUUGUGGAGUUAAAACAAAA